AUGGUCUGGGAGCGAAACCUACCCCUCUUUUGGGGGCGGUUGCCCCCACAAUUAUAUAUAGACAUCCGUCCUUGCAGUGAUGGUGAAAUGUUAGAAAAGGCCACAGCUGACAGCUCCAACAACUCUUCUCAAUGGGAGACCCCAACCACCACGAGAACCACGACGCACCCACUCAAGGGAGUGGGACAACACUCGCCAUCAUCAGCGUCGUUGACCACAACCUUCCUUCUCAACCACCACUCCACCACCACCACCACCACUGUCCUCGUCGGCCUCGACAUCGAGUGGCGUCCCAACACCCACCGCAACUCCGACAACCCAGUCGCCACUCUCCAGCUCUGCGUCGGCAACCGCUGCCUCGUCUUCCAGAUCCUCCACUCUCCCUCGGUUCCGCAGUCUCUCGUUGACUUUCUCGUCAACGAGGGACACACGUUCCUCGGCGUGGGAAUCGAGGAGGACGUGGAGAAGCUUCUGGAAGACUACAACCUCAACGUGAAGAAUUUCGUUGACCUGAGAGGUCUGGCGGAGAGCGUGCUGGGUGAGAGUGAGAUGAAAAGAGCGGGCCUGAAGAGGCUCGCGGAGAGAGUGCUCGGAUUGGAGAUCGAGAAGCCUAAGAGGAUCAGUCGGAGCCGCUGGGAUAACGCGUGGCUCACGGCGGAGCAGGUUCAAUACGCUUGCGUUGAUGCUUUCGUGUCGUUCGAAGUUGGGAGAAUGCUGUAUGGUUCUGGAAAUGGAAACUAAACGGCUUUUGAUUUUUGGAAUCUGUUUCUUCUUGGUAUUAAUUGGUUGUACAGGUAAUGGUUGUGGCCAGCGCCCAGCUGGUUAAUUUCUCUUGCAAUUUCGGGAUCUAUCUAUUGUGGUUUGUUCUUUUCUUUUUCAAUCAAGAAUUUAUGGCUAUGAUAGCUUUCUAGUUGUUGUUUA